CUUCCACUGAGACUCAAAAGGCAGAAACAGAAACAGCUGUGAAACAUGAAAGGGCAAGGUGUUGUGCUGCUCUGUGUGUUGCCGCUGGUGCUGGGCCAGGAAAAGGACUUCAGCUGGGAUGGACCAGGACAAACCCUUGCUCCAGAUCCCAUCAACCCAUGCCUGACUGACCAGAACUCAUGUGGUUGUUGUGUGAUGCAGAAGAAAAAAUGGGAGUUAGAGCAAUAUUUAAACUCUAGUAUGAAUACAUUGGAGGAUUUGCUGGCCAGAGCACAAAACACACUGAGAAACAUCAGAGACAACCGAGUGGCGUUUUCUGUGGGUCUAACUGACAGGAGACGUUGCAUUGGUCCGUUGAGGACGGUGACAAAUCUGGUCUAUCAAAGCAUCUUUAUCAACAUUGGAGAGGCCUAUAACUCAUCCACCGGUGUGUUCACGGUUCCACGGUCAGGCGUGUAUAACCUGGCAUUUACUGUUUUCAGCGAUGCAGGCUCACCAGGCGCAUCGCUGGCUGUUUGUGCCAGUAUCAGGAAGAAUGGUGUGGCUCUAACUGCACUUAGGGAGAUUUAUGGACAAGACCAGGAGGACCAGGCCACUGCCGUCCUGCUUGCGCAGCUCAGCGCAGGGGACCAUAUUACCAUCGGUCUCCAGGCUGGCUGCUGGAUCUGUGAUGAUCAGAAUCACUAUAACACAUUUAGUGGUUUUCUGUUGUAUGCUACAGAGUGAAGCACACACACACAGACUUUAAAAUUAUAUUAGUGAGGAGCUCUUAGAGAUGUAGUGGGUUUCAUACAAAGAUCAUAAAUUCUAAACCUAAAUAUCACACAAACCUGUUGACAUUAUUAGAUUUGAAGCAAAACUUGAUUUGGUAAAUGUAUCAGCAUUUUUGUGAAAACCACUUUAAAUGAAGUUGGUUUUCAACAGGUUUUACUAUACUUUCUUUUUAAAUGUUUGACACCGAACCGUAUAAACAAACCUAGACACAAACACAUAUGGAUUGUAAGAUAAUAGAAUGUUGCAAAAGGCACAGAUGUUGAACUAAUAUCAAUAAAAUGUU